AGUGACGAGAUCACGUACUAAUUUUACGUAAGACUUGCGCUCCGGUUUUCUGGCGGAGAAGAUGGCGGCUCCUGGACCGGGGGAGUAUUUUAGCGUCGGGAGCCAUGUCUCUUGUCUCACCUGCUUGGGCCAGCGUCUGCAAGGAGAGGUGGUGGCCUUCGAUUACCAGUCCAAGAUGUUGACUUUGAGUAUCCUUUCUCAAUUUUAGGAUGCCAUUGAAUCAUUGGCCUGUUUGCCUGCAAGGGCAUGUGUCAAAUAGUGAUCCGCGCAGGCGUAAUUAAUAGUACAGUAGCUAGCCGAAUUGCUUAGCUAGCUUUGUCCCCGUGAAAGAUUUUGAUACAAUUCAUUAAGAUUGUCUGAGUCGUACGCUCCUUCAUCUGUAUUACAUUUGGUUAAUGUUGAUGGAUUUUUGCUCUGAGUUCUUAGUUAUUUUUACAUGUGUUGUUGUGAUUCAACGUAGAAUUGCUGGUCCUCGACUAGGAUCACUAUUUGGCAGAAUCCUGUAUGGCAUGGCAUCAUGGCAGAUUCACUGUUAAUGGUAUAAUUGAUAUUGGCUAGCGUGACAGUCUUGCUAGAUAGUUAACUUAACUAGUCAACUGACCAUCACAGAGGCUUUUUUAAACAGACCACCUGACUGAUUGCAUACAUAUCAAUAAUAAAUGACAACACUGAAUUUCAUUGUACCUCAAUGCUAACUAGCAGCUAGAUAGCUAACGUUAGCUAGCUAGCUUUAGAUAGCCAGCAUAUUACGGGACCAUUUGACGCUGUCUUUAUGUUUGAUAUUCGUAAGUGUCACUCAUGAAAUCUAACUCACGGCAUGAUUGAUUUGUCAAAGUCAGUGACGUUAAGUAUUCUGACAGAAACGGCAUAACGCUAGCUACAAGCUAAUAGUAUUGCCCGACUAUGGCUUUUCAAUACACCUUGGCCCAAGUAGCUAGCUGAAAAAGCUAUGGAUGUUUCUCUCCGCAAUCCACACUCCUGAGGGUGGGCGUGGGACCACCUUGCACUGGCUCCAAUGGCUGGUUGUCACAUGAGUGCUUCUAUUGCUAGCCAUUCAACUAUCUUUUUUUUCUGCUAGCUAUACCAGUCCACUGAGACUGGAGCUGUAAUUUAGCAUCCACGGAGCAUUUUAAUUGAAUAGGAGAGAACCGGUUGGUGUCAAAUAAUGGCAGUGGCAGACAGUAAAGAUCCCACUAGGAACAAAGCAAGUAAAAAUUUAACCACAGUUGCAAUUCAUUUCUGUAGUAUGUGAUUUAAUGUUUUGUAGUUGAAUAGAAUAGCAUGCGUUUUGUUUAGAUGGCGUGAUUGAAGUGACCAGUCCGCAGUGCUGAUGAGGGAUGUCCAGCAUCUUGCCAUGUUUCCUGGCAAUUUUUUACAAGCUAUCCCAGAGGUGAUAGUUAUACCUUCAGGAGAAUGUGUAUGUUUUCAGCAUUUAGGCCUAGAUGUUUAAUACUAAGCUAGGGCCUAUGUUGUGGAAGGACACACUGUCUCUGCAUUUAGGGCCUUGUGUUGUGCAUUAUUUUAUUGUUCCAUUCAUGCCUCAACCUUCUUUAGGAUGCUUGCUGUCAUUCAUUGCCAUGCUACAACCUGUGUAUGUUGACCCAGGCUACUACAGGUGGCAGAAUUGCCCUUGGUUGUCAUUCCAGCUGACUGUGCCAGUACUGCCACUGACUGAUAGGCCUGCCCCAACCUUAACUCGGUGUCUUACUGAAGCCGCUAGUGGAGUGCCAUACGUCUGGCAAGUGAGACUUCCUCAGUCUACCACUCUAUUACAGUGAGCUAUGGUGUUGAAGUUGUCUGAUAUAUUUUACAUUUUGAUAGGGAGAAUAGACCAUCAUAUUUCAAUGUUGACGAUUCACACAUUCUAACGCUGCUGAUGGUGAUGUCAUAUUUGCUCAGUCAAAUACCUGUAGAGGAGUAGAAGGCUCUCAACCAACGUGAGAUGAGGUACAACCAAAAAAUUAUAUGAGCAUUUGGAAGGAAUAGGUGUGACUCAUGUGCGAGACAUACCUCUUCCUUCCAAAUGCUCAGUCAUGCAUUUUACAUUUACAUUUUAGUCAUUUAGCAGACGCUCUUACCCAGAGCAACUUAGUUAGUGCAUUCAUCUUAAGAUAGCUAGGUGAGACAACCACAUACCACAGUCACAGUAAGUACAAGAGCUAGUAAGAAAAAUAAUGUAAAGUGAGAGUGUUAGUUCCAGAAAUGUUUUAUUUUAUUUUUAUGCACACCUAUUUUGCUCAAAGCAAUGAACUUAAAAUGCCAUGACAUCUGUAUGCACCUGCCCAUUAUUUGAAGUACGGCAAUUAAAUCAGUCUAAUAAUUUAUACUUGCUCAGGUAAUUUUAUAGCAGCGUGUGCUUAUAGGCUGUAUGCAGUCUGGACCAUUGGUAUUGUAGGAUGUUUUUGUAUAUACCUAGAAUGUGAACUCUAUAUUUAUUCAUGUCUUGAGAUUAUUUUAAUGUCACUGAUGCUCUAGUCUUGUACACCAACUGCCAUGUGUGCAUGUGUUACUACCUUUACAGUUUGUUUACCUUGACUUGAGUUCCUCCCAGAAUGUGCUCCCUCCAGCGGAAAGCCAAACCUCAACGACGUCAUCCUGAUCAAUUUAGCCUAUGUUUCUGAAGUUGAUAUAAUAAAUGACCGGACUGAAGCUCUUCCUCCUCUAGCAUCACUGAAUGUUAGCAAGGUAGGCCCUCAUCUGCUGUCAUACUGUAGAUCCCUCAAAUUCAGCCAGUUCCACUGCUUUUUUACAUUCUUCCCCCACUAAUCAGGGACUGAUUUAGACAUGGGACACAAGAUUGGUGCUAUUCAUUAUCAGAUAGAACAUCCCAUGUUUUGGGUCAAGGUUGUCAAUUGUGUUUUCAGUUGUUAGCGAGAGUUGCGUUUCACGCCUAUUCCCUUCAAAUGCUCUUAUAGUUUGUGGUUGCACCUCGACUCACGUUGGUUGAGUGCCUUCUACUCCAGAUCCCCUCCUAACUUUCUCCUCCCUGUCAUCUUCCUCCCAGCUUGCCAAUCGGGCACGGUCAGAGAAGGAGGACAAGCUGUCCCAAGCCUAUGCAAUCAGUGCUGGGGUUUCUGCGGAGGGCCAGCUGCUAUUCCAGACUAUUCACAAAACGUAAGUGCCUUUUUUCAAUUUAGAUUCAAUAAACUUGAUGAAUUCCUGAGGGGCAGAGAAUCGGUGGGUGGAAUAGGAUACAGGUAAUAAUUACUGGGUAACUAAUAUGGGCAGGUGAUUUGAGGACAAAAUUGAAGUAGUAGCAACAAAAAAAAACGGUAUUGAUCCAUUUAACUCACAGGCCAUGGAAAUGGGCCUACUUAAUCGCCUUUUUUCAGUCAUACUGGCUAGAUUUAGGCAGGUGACGUUUGAGGUCUUGACCUGAUUUGGGCUCUUAAGCUUAGUUUAAAUUGGUAAGAAGCGGGAACGACAAUCCCAUCUGACACCUCAGUUUUCCCCACACGGCAGACGUAGAAUUUAUACCGGUGCGGUUGGUCAACCAUAAAUAAAAACAAUUAUUACAAUUUGAGAUUUCAUGCUUUAUUUAGAAAAUUGUAGAGUGGUUUAAAUAGACUUGACUCCUCAUCUCAAGGUCAGGGACUGUUUGACCAAUUAAUUGUUUCCAGACGUUAAUCUAAUGAUGUGUACUGUGUUCUGCAGCAUCAAAGACUGUAAAUGGCAGGAGAAGAACAUACUGGUCAUGGACGAUGUUGUAAUUUCGCCGCCAUACCAGGCUGAGAACUGCAAAGGCAAAGAGGGAAGCGCUUUAAGUCAUGUACGCAAAAUAGUGAGUAUCGCCUACCUACUACUAUUUCAUCUGUCAUUGUUGUGGAAUUAUGAUACAGUUUACAUGUCAUUUGCCCUUUUAUUUCUUACAAAUAACUUUUGAUACAAUGGCAUAUAGAAUUGGAUCAUGCAUCAAUUGUUCUUCCCCUGUCGUUCCUCUUUAGGUUGAGAAACAUUUUAGAGACGUGGAAAGGCAGAAGUCCAUGCAACGUUCACAAGCACAGCAAACACAGAAGGACACCACUUUAUCUUCUUGAGUCGGUGUAGGGCAGUGUGGGUCCAGCCAGCCAGGGUAGGCAACACGGCGGGGGACAGGAAGGCUGCACGGCUGGCAGUCUGUCCCCACUGCCGGACAAGGUUGGCAUUCCUAGCCCUCGGUGUCAGAGACCAGGAAGAUACAGCGCUAAGGGGCCCUGGGUCCAGAAGAUCAAACCAUUUACGAAAAAGACAACAAAAAGAAGGAGGAAGAGAGUGAAUCUUCAAUUAGACUUUAUAAAGAUAAUUUAAAACAUGAAGCAACCAUAGUUUCCUUUAACUAACUUCAUCAUCGUCUCCCUCACCCCCCCCCCCCCCCCCCCAUCCAUGAAUUCAUCAUCGUCCCCCCUAUCCACCCACCUCCUCAGUUUCAUUUCUUCA